AUGAAAAAAAACAACUGGAGAGGAGGACGUAAAGAUAAGGAGAGGACGAACGGUAGCAGGAGGCAUCAGAUUGGCGGAGCUUAUGGAGAUGGCGAGCUGGCAGGCGGGCAGGAAGCAUUCCAUCCCGUGCUAACAAACAGGAAAAACUUCGCCAACAAAAUCUUCAGAAUGACAAUCGUCAACACCAGCCUCAUUGCUCUUGCAGCAUGCAUCUACUUCAUCGCCGCAAAUGCCAUCAUUAUAAGCAUCGUUAAGUGUGGAAAGCAUGGGAGUCAACAUAAUUAUGAUUAUGAAGAUGAUUAUGAAGAUGAUUAUGAAGAUUAUUAUGAAGAUGAUUAUGAAGAUGAUUAUGAAGAUGAUUACGAAGAUGAACAAAUGAUUGAAUCAACAAUGAAUAAGAACAUCACACAUGGUCUCAACCUAGAUGGCAUCAACGGCGCAGAAUCAGGAAGGCAUUCAACCAAAAAUCAAAAUGCCCGUUGCAAAAAAAGUUACAUUUAUGUUAAAUGCAUAAAAAGCAAGAUACAAAUUGUGAGGACACUUAUCUGCACCCUGCACGAAGGGGCAUGCUGUAAGCCUGCAGUGGAAGACAGCCAACGUGUAUAUGACUUUCUCCAUUUUGUCAGCCCUCUCUACCCCUCACGUUUCUUUCAAUGUUUCCUCCCUCAGACGUCUUCUUACAUCAUCUUUUCAACCUGUCUCCAUAAAAUUAAAUGUGCAAAUGUGCUUGCGUGGACUAUUCAUCACGUGGCUGAGCACGUGACACCGACCUACUCACAAAAAGUGGGAGAACAAAUUGCGUUUGCGGCCGUAUCAACCCCCAUCUGUAACACUUUUUUGGAGCUUUCAUCUUUUUUGAAAAAAAAACAAAUUUAUGUGGCUUCGUCGACGAAAAAAGCAGAAAUGGUGUUAGCAUAUUCAUUAUAUUACAGCAUUAAAUCAAACAGUCAGACGGUCAUGGUCAUUAUAGGGCCGAGACAGCAAUCGUGUUUAUUUACUCCUACGGUGUAG